GAACCAAAUUUCAUCUCCAAACAUCCACAAACAACGGCAGAAUCAGCGAAGCAAACAAGCAACGUCGCAGCAUGACUGACCCUCUUCAGAGCACAGGGAAGUCAGUCGGUUGCAGUGAAACAGCGAGUCAGCAACCAUGAUCAGACAAGCAGCCGCCCGCCCGGCCUUCCUCUCGCUCUCGUGAGGAGCUAAGGUGAGAGUGCUUCUAGUUCAAGGCGGACCCCUAGGUGGUUUUGGGCGGUGACGUGCGAACCUAUGGUUGUGUGUGCAUCAUGACCGCCCUGCCGAGGGCUGCACACACACAAAAGAUCAGCCCCAGACUCGACAACCCCGUCGAGAUUCGCGAUGAGCGAACCCUGAACCCUAGAGGCAUCAGCAUGACCGCGUUGACGUGCUGAACAACAUGCGGCUCUCAGAUUGACCGCACGAGGUCAAGAUCCCGAGAUCCGAUCGGCCUACCAAAACAUAAGGGCGGCCUUUGCGCCUCAACCACGACUCAUGAGCCCUCGCUGAGACGGCCAUUUUGACCGCCCUGCCGCACUGAUUCAUCAUCUGUAGAUAUCGACCCCUUCCUCCCUAUCCCUCCCCCUGCAACACCCACCCAUCAUCUGCCAAUCACUUCACCCCCUCUUGUACAGCGACGUCUGCCCACCAAGCCGUGACAUCCACACCAGGUACACCUCUCCACACGCCCUAUCAGGUGGCACACUCAAAUCAUCGAUAUCUCACAUCUCAUCUCACUCAUUUUUCCCUGUUCCGUGUGUGCAGAUUUCACUCACCCCCGUUUUUCGCGACAACUGCAGCUCCCGCCCAGCUUCCUCUGGCACCACCAGAGAGCCCACUCGAUGGGCUACACGGUGACCUACAACACAUGACCACAUCACACAUACACGUAUACUUUUCACUGUCUUCUCUUCCUCCAUCCCCUCACUCAGUUUGAUUGUUGGUCGUUCUCUCAGCAAUUUGUGGAUGCCGCCGGCCUCUCUGUAGAGCAUGACUGAGACCAUCGAAUGCACUAUCAUCUGAGGUACACACACGAGGACACACAGGGCAUCCACAUCCACAUAUGUACACACACAUUCACAUAUAUAUACACACAUCUACACACGUACUGUGUUUGCUCUGUGUGCUGUGUGGUGUGGUGUGCAGGUGUGUGGUGUGUGGUGUGCUGUCGUUGUAGAGAUGGAAGAGUCUGGUCAACUCGAAUCACGCCGCAACCUGCAACGCGCCAAGGACGGCAAGCCCCCCCUCCCCUCCGUCACGCGCGACGGCACGUCUGCCGACAUGCGGCGGUUCCCCCUCCUGUACUCCACGAUCGAAGAGCAGCCCCGCCGCCCCAGCAAGCAGCACUCGUCAGUCGGGAGCCUCAUCCUCCUGUCCCGCGUCUUGGUCUUUCAUGGCAGCAGCUGCCGCAGCCAGCGCUGCCAUGGACGUGGACAGGUAAACAGUUCUGCACGGCCCCUUGCAGUGGGAUUGAUGGCGCUUGCAGUGCUGCAGAGUGUGGCGGGGGAGGCGGGCCGGGAGUCGUCUUGAUCGGUGAGUCAUCAGCGAAAAGGUACCUGUGACAUUGGUGGACAAAAAGGGUCAUAUCAGGAGAGGGAUUGAUUGUGUGGUAGUGGUGUGACUACCAUGUGGUGGCGCACUCAAUGACGGACAAAAAGAGCAGAGGAGCUGGCGCAUGUGGUGGCGCACUCAAUGACGGACAAAAAGAGCAGAGGAGCUGGCGCAUGGAGGUCAGGAACACGACGAAAACAAGGCGAAGUGAUUGCCUGUGCACACAGGUACGCGGGAAAAUCGCGAUGAUGGUGAGGUGCCCGUUUGCCCUGUGUUGGCCCUUACGUUGUCGAGUGUGCGUCAGUGGUCAGCCUGGUGCAGAUGGUGCCAGGAGAAGAGGCCAGGGUCGCUCAAUCUCUGGGGGGGUAGUUUCUCGAAGACAGGGAUAGUGCGAUGGAGGGCGUCAGAGGCCGAGUGGGGCGGUGGGUUGUAUGGACGAAUGGUAGUGCUUAUCAAUGCGGUUCACAUGCGGGCAGCAGCGUGGCGCCAGGCCCCGAGGGUGUGGAGAGCUGGCUCCCAGCCAAGAUGACAAGUGCCCGUAGAUCUUGGUGCUGGUCACGGAUGGGGCUGAAAGUGGGCUCAAAUUGACGAGGGCGAAGGCGCUGACACGGUGGUAUGAAUGCGG